UUGACCUUUUUCAGGUGGGGACUUGGGGUAGCCUAAUUGAUUUUAGAAAGCGCGUCAGAUCAGACCCAGUAGAAGUUGAGUGCUCGCGGCUGGACCACCGAGCAGAGGAGACACAGAAAAGUGUGUGAACAAUGGAAGACCUGACUGACAGCCUGAAAAAGUGUCCUCAGGAGUUUGUCAUCGUAUGUGUUCGGGAUCCCCACACUCACAGAGACGACUUCUGGCAUAAGCAUCUGGACUAUGAGAUCACCAUACAUACGAAUAGCAUGUGCUUUAGGAAGAAGAGCUCCUGUGUUCGGCGGCGGUACAGCGAGUUUGUGUGGCUACGCCAGAGGCUACAGGACAACGCACUGCUCAUAGACCUCCCCAAGCUGCCUCCAUGGAACCCGUUCUUCAGUCAGACUAACAGUUGUCAGGUAACCGAAAGGAUGAAGGGACUACAGAAGUUUCUGGAAGGUGUGCUGAGUAGCCCCCUGCUGCUGUCAGACAGCCGACUGCACCUGUUCCUCCAGUCCGAGCUGAGCGUGAUGAAGAUCGAGGCCUGUGCACAGGGCCACACGCGCUACUCGGUGGCCGAGGCCAUCCAGAGCUGCCGCUGCGACACGCCACCCGUGCCCUCGGAGGACGAGGAGAGCAAGGCUAGCUGCGACUCAGACUGUGACAGUACCACCUCAUCUGGUUGCCACAGUAUGGAGCCUGCGGCCUCUGGCUGUGAUGACCCUUGCUGCAAUACACCUUUUAGAGCUUCAAUCCUGCGCUGAACCACACUGAAGCAUUCUGGGAUGGUGACUCCUGCAGUCCAGAAUCUACUCCUGCAAUCCAGGAUCUACACUGUUGAAGUUUCCUCAAAGAAUCCUCAGGCCACCACAAAAGUUAUUGGAGGGAAUCCUAAGGUUGGCACAGUGGCAUUCAAAAAGGUUCAUUAAACGUUCUUCAGUUUGGCACUGUCGAGUAGCUCCUAAAGUUUUUCUGAGGAACCUUUAACAAAACCGAAGUGUUCUUGUAACCACAUUUAGGCUCCCCCACAAAGACCGCUGAGGCUUCUUUGAGGAAUCUCGGAAUUUUAUUUUUUACAGUGUUUGGAGCCAGCUCGCCUGGCAGGCAAAUGAACACAAGUGUCAAUCAUAGUCCUCACCUUUGUCUGGGAGUUAUUUCCUGUGGUCUUGGGAUGCACACUGGUGGCCUAAUAAUUGAUUGUCUCCCACUCCUGGUCAGUCUUAGCUCUUGGGGGGUUUCACGCGUUCAUUUGUUUGAGAUUUAUUUGUGCUUCUCUCGUCGUAUGACCACUUUAUGAUGUAUUUAUAAGUACAGUCAAAAGAGCCAUGAGUGUUGUGGUUAAUUUUGUUGAUAUUUUGUCAUAUAUCUGGUUAUACUUCCUCAUCUUAUUUUUUUAGAGAUGUUCUCCUUGAUGUCUUCAGGCCCUGAAAAGGGCAGUAUGAAGAUGUGGCUCUUAGAAAUGUUUUAUUUUCAGAGAUUUAUGUGCGAAAGUGUUGAUGUUUUAUCAGAAACUUGCAGGGAGCUUUUGAGGUUGACUAGGAAAGCGACUUGUUAUUUUAUUUAAUUAAAUUUUUUGAAAAAUAUUUUUAUUGCCACAAAACUUAUACUGUAAAAAUAAAGACUAUUUAAGAAAAUG